UGUUUUCUGAGAGAAAAAAAGAGAGAGCUACGCAGAGCUCAAAAUUGGCAGAGAGUUGAGAGCACAGAGGGUGCACCAGAAAAACAGAGAAGGAGCGGAUGAGUAAGAGGAUGAAUGGGGGUGAGGGUGAGGGUGGUGAACGGAUCAGCCUUUUCGACAGGUCUCAAAACGAAAUCAUGAAGCUCAUUUUUGCAGUGAAUUACCGUGUUCCUGAUGAGGGCCAUGCCAGCUUUGAUGUUCAUGCUAUUUUCUCGACUAGUCAGAAAAUCAUUAAGGAUUCGGCCAACAUCAUUCACAAUAUUAAUGAGCAGGGCAGCGGAUUUAAUGAUGUUGAAACACCCAAAGCCAGCUCCAGCUUGUGCACUCUUAUUAAGGAGAAAUUUUUAAAUGUGACGGGAACACGAUUCGGUACCUCAAGUAUCAUAAUACGAGUGGUUGGAAAUUGGAUAAAAAAAAAUUUCAACAACUUGUUUUAUGACACUCGGUGUACCGACCCAUAUUCCCGGCACUUUAAAAAAUCUCUUCUUAUUAUUAACUCCUUUGGCUGCAAGAUGUCGUGUAAGAGUUCAGGUGAUGAAACUUCCUUUGAAUCACGUACGGAAGAAAUACUUACAAAACUAUCGAGUUAUCCAUGUGAAGUACAGGUAGUAUUGGCCCUGGCAGUUUUUGCUUUGGAAUAUGAAGAAUGUUCCAGUCAACUUUCCAAGAAAUCGACAACGCUGAAACGCCAAGAUGCAGUAGUCGAGCUUAACAAUCUGGUCAACCAAGCGUUACAAGUGAUUGAGCACAUCCUUGAGUUGGAGAAACUAGUUUCUUAUGAUCGAGACAGUGAACCAAAAUUGGCGAGGGUAAUUAUGGAUACCCCAUUUAAUGCCUACUGGUCAAUCAUAACUCUUGUAGCUUGCGCAACUGAGCUCUUUUUUCUUACCGGUGAUGAGGACAUUAAGUCAUAUGAUCUAUCCCAUUUUUCUCACAAAAUGAGCUUCAUCCUCAACAAGCUUGAGGGACAGCUUACAAUCUGCCAACAAGAAAAUGAGGAGGCAAAGGCCAAGGCCGAGGAAAAGUUUUGGGAACAAAUACGCACUGCUUCUGGACUGCUUCUGGAAUUACCGAGGUUUUCCGAAGGCUGGUUCUUUUCAAGCAUAAAGGGUAUCCGCAGCCUCGCAUCAGUGUUGAUCCCGCUAACACGGAGGUUUUUAACAUUAAUGUGCUAGAGUGGAAGUGGGUGUUAUUUUACAUUUCAAGCCUGGACAAUGUUUCUGAUCAAGAAAUUUCAUGUCUCAAAGAAGUGUAUGAGGGAAU